ACGCCAGUACCCUGUAGAUAGAUUAACUGUAAAGUUGUCUUGCAUGUCACAGGAGCACUGACAAGUAGAUUCCAUACGGAUCGCUUACUAAGCGAUCUAACUCAUCUUUCACCAUUUGCGAUGGCUUCAGACACGUCGCCCAUAUCAGUCUUAUUCGCGCGUGGCAUACUAGCCCGCCUCGCGCUAUGGCCAGCUCUUCGCAUUGCUGUGCACCAAAAUUGGGGAGGUCCGCAAAGCGCACAAAAACAGCGCUGGUUAGCGGGUAUCAUCAUAGAUGAAUUUGAAGCGUGCCUUCCAUCAGCAUCUGCUUCAUUGACGGCUUUCGAUUCGCAUCAGUCAACCCCCAUGCAUUCAUCACACACACUCCCUGAGCCAGACACCGAAUACAUAGAAACGAUGCUGCUCCAGAUCAUGGAUGACGAGUUUGAGGUUGCGCUCGAGGAUGGAAGCGCGUUCGACGUUGCUAGAGAUGUUGUGCGUUUGUGGAACGAUGCGAAAGAGGGAAAGGAUGGAUAUGUCAAGGAUCUGGAGAUGCAAGCGGAUCGGACGAAAGGAAAAAUGCCACAAUAUGAAGUGGAUGCAGGGAGUGCAAGUGAUUGGGAAGAUAGCGAUGGUGAUAACGAGGACGAAAGUGGAAGCGACAGCGAAGAUUUCGGGGAGGAGGUCAUUCCACAGCUGCUUGACCAUGCAAAGGAAGUACCAGACAUCGACGAGGAUGGCUUUACUACCAUAAAGAGGAGGGGAGGCAGAUAAAAUACCAAAAUGUGUAAUCUAAUCAGACAAGAUAUGCAACA